AUGGAUUGGUGGGCAUAUGAACCACCUGCUAGUGCUAGUUGGGGCUGGAAGGCUAUUUGUAGAGUGAAGAACAAGUUCAGAAAUGCUUAUACUGGAAAUAGAUGGCAAAAUGGGGACAAAGGGUACACCAUUAAGGCUGGUUAUGAUUGGCUCCAGGGACAGCAACUUAGGGUACCUUGGCACUAUUGGGUGUGGAAUAGUUUGAACAUUCCUAAGCAUUCCUUCAUAGCAUGGCUGGCAAUGUUGGAGAGAUUGAAGACAAAGGAGAGGUUAUUCAAAUCAGGAGUGUGUACAGACAAGGCUUGUCUCUUUUGUGAUGUUGGUGAAGAUUCUUGUUUGCAUAUUUUCUUCAGAUGCUCAUAUAGUGCUACAAUCUGUGAUCAGAUUCUGAGGUGGAUGAACAUUAAAAUUGCUGGCUAUGAAAACAUGUUCACCACAUGGAAGAAAUGGGGGAGAAUUUUUCGAAGGAAGAAACUGCAAAAAGUAAGCUAUGCUGUGCUUACUGCUCUUGUCUAUCACAUCUGGAAGAGUAGGAAUCAUACAUUGUGGAAUGCAGCAGUGCAGUAUCCCAGAUGUGUGGUGGAACACAUUCAAAGAGAUAUUUGUAGCAGAAUUAAAAGUAGUGUUGAUAUUCAUUGCAAUAUAGAGGAUAGAAAUUGGAUAAAUGAGCUUGUAAUUAGAUGUAGUUAG